AUGAUGGUGCUUUUCAAUUUGGAUGUUCAAGUUAUUCAAUUUAAUUAUAAACUUAACCAGAUAUUUCGUCCUGCAGGUUUCUCCGAUCCAGACGGAUUCGACGUGAUCUGUUCUAAAACAACAAGCCUUGACGUAGUGACCGUACCGUUCUCCCGGAUAGCACCUUCGGGCAGCAGGAGGAUGGAUGUAGCGGCCGUCAAAGCGCUAGGACCGAGACAAAAUGUAGGCGAGCUGGAAGCUAAGGUCCUGUCCCGUGCUGCACUUAGUAAAAUCGUCUUGGUUAACCGGGAGGAAUGUGAGCUGAAGGAGAUAUGGGUCGCUGACACUACGGGGGAAAUCAAGCUUACCUUGUGGGAUAGCCUAAUAUCCCAGGUCGACGUCUCCAAAUCCUACUGCUUUUCCAACCUGGCAACGAGAGAGAUGCAAGGGGUUAUUCGUUUAACCACAACUCCAUCUACUCGAGUCGUGGAGAUAACCCAACUGGACGUACCUGAUGAGGGCAGGGAUGAUCCCGAUGACGGCGCUGCUUCUACGUCUUUGCGCGGUGUGGUCUCCGGGGUUCAAAUCCGAGCCAGACAUCGUUGUCCGAGGUGCCACGGUCUUCAAAAUCAAAUUUCUGCCAACUUCAUUACUCACAGGUGUGAUGCCUGCAACCUGCUGCAGCGGUCAUCGGUCUACGGCUUAACAUACGGAGGAACGAUAGUUCUCACCGCUGACCAGCAGGAACAUUCGCUGACGGUGACCGAUUCCUGCAUCAACGCUUACCUGGCCAGAUACCGCGUCGCCUAUUCAGAAAAUGACGUGGAAACCAUUGAGGAGCAUUUCCUUAAUUUGCCAGAGGUAGAAAUCUGCGUUAAUAACAAUUCCUUAAUUACCUCGUUAAUUCAGCCCCUUUCACAAAAUCGUGUGGACUAAUCCUUGGUCGCUGCUAACGACGGCAGC